CACUUCCUGGUUAGGUGACACACGCAAGAUGGCCGCCGCCCGUGGACGUUAAGUGCUGUCAAACGUCAGCGUCAUCGUGAGCCCUUUUCACUCGUUUCAAUUUUUUUUUAAUUGCGUCGCAGUUAAGCUACCUGCAAGCGGUGGCGAUGCUACGAGGCGCGCGUGUCGCCCGGCUGCUGGCGCCCAGGCAGGCCGUGCUGGUGGAGGCGCAACGCGGGCGAAAGUCGCGCGACGACCCGGUGGCCAAGUCCAAGCAGGGGCGAGUCAAAGUGCCUCCGCCGGUGGACCCGGUGGAGAUGGUCGUGCUGCGGGAGAGGUACUCCGACUACAAGCUCAUCAUGAGGGCGCUGCGCGUGGAAUUCAAAGAGGAGGUUCUGCGGAGGAAGUACGAGGAGGAGACGGGCUCCAUGGCGGAGGAGCGAGCGCGGCAGGAGGCGGAGGAACACCGGAACCUCAUGGCCUUCAACAGCCAGGAGAACCUGCGCCUGCUCCAACUCCGACUUUUGAGGAUCCAGAAGGAAACCGAAGAGGCGGAACGCAAGAAGCUGGAAGACGCCCGAGAGCAACAACUCCAACAGCAAGAAUUCAUCAAGCAGAAAGAGGAGGAAAUAGCGCAGUUGCAGGAGGAUGCAAAGAACUUCAUCACGCUUGACAACUUGGACCAACGCAUCGAGGAAGCGCUGGACAACCCCAAGAAUUACAACUUUGCUGUGGACAAGGAGGGCAGAGUUGUCAAGCAGACGGUUUUGCGCUGACAAUAUCGGACAGAAAACAACACCAAAGUGGAUUCAAAUGCAAAUGCAAAAAAAAAAAAAAAGAAAAGAAAAAAAGUCCUCUUGUAGCCGUCGA